AUGGAUACACAGCAUGGAGCAGAGCUCUGCUUUCCACAACUCUUCAACACCUCCUGCAAGAAGCCGGCAGCUCCUCUGUCUCAAAUUUGGCUGUUUCAAAUUCUGAUGCCACCAGUUUCUCUGCUCACUGUGGUUCUCAACUUGCUAGUCAUCAUAUCAAUCUCCCACUUCAGGCAGCUUCACACCCCCACUAACAUCCUCCUCCUCUCUCUGGCGGUCACAGACUUCCUUGUUGGGUUCAUGUUUAUGCCAGGAGAAAUCCUCCGAAACACAGCCUGCUGGUUUCUCGGUCAGCUCACAUGUUCUCUGUAUAAUUAUGUAUCCUUCACUGUUACCUUUGUCUCAGUGGGAGACGUAGUGCUGAUAUCAUUCGACCGCUAUGUGGCUAUUUGUGACCCUCUGCAUUACCCCACCAGAAUCACUGACAGAAGAGUUAAACUCUGUGUCUGUCUGUGUUGGCUCUGCUCUGUUUUCUACUGCUAUUUCAUAGUAGGAAAUGAUCUGAUUCAACCAGGUAGCUAUUAUUCCUGCUAUGGAGAAUGUAUAAUUUUUGUUGGCUUCAUUGCAGGAGUUGUUGAUCUUGUUUUAUCCUUUAUUGUUCCAGUUUCUGUCAUCAUAGUUCUGUAUAUGAGAGUGUUUGUGGUGGCUGUGUCUCAGGCCCGGGCCAUGCGCUCUCAUGUUACAGCUGUCACACUGCAGCUCUCAGUGAGUCGAACACCAAAGAAAUCUGAGUUAAAAGCAGCCAGGACUCUUGGUGUUCUUGUAGCUGUGUUUCUGAUAUGUUUCUGCCCUUAUUACUGUGUUUCUCUUUUAGGGGAAGAGUUGCUCAAUAGUGCAUCUGCAUCUAUUGUAUUCUGUCUGUUUUAUUUUAACUCCUUUCUCAACCCAUUGAUCUAUGCUAUGUUCUACCCCUGGUUUAGAAAAGCAGUGAAACUAAUUGUCACUCUGCAGAUACUGCAGCCUGGCUCCUGUGAGGUCAGCAUGCUGUAA